CACGCCCCGCCUCGCCGCACCCCUGCGAGGGAACGCCCCGCCAGAGGAACGCCCCGCCACUACAACAACGGCAGCCUCCUGCAGCAGUCCGGCCGGCCGGGGCCCCCUCGGCCCUGCACUACGCACUGCGACGGACCCCACCACCCCCACCCCGCCCCCCUUCCUUCUGUUAUUGAUUAUCUUUUUUCGGGGCGGUUCUAAAGGAUUAUUACAGCCGGAUAUUUCUUUUUGUUCUCCUUCCUCGCCCCUAGGCCCCAGUGGGCGCCCCACCCCCUCGCCCCGCGCGCCCGACGGCGGCGGCGGUUGCGGAGGUAACGGCGGAGGGCGAGGGGCGGGAGGAGGAGGAGAACGGCACGGCGAAGGAGGAAGCGGCGGAGGAGGCGGAGAGCGGAGUGCAGGAGCGAGAGAGACAGAGGGGAAGAGGGAGAGAGGAGGGAGAGCAUCGCUGCCUCCCCUCGGCGCUGCACGGCGCAGCGCGGCGCAGCCCGCGCUCUGACCCCCCCACCAGUCACCGCCGUGUUCCUCCUUUCCUACGGAAAACAAGAUCGGCUUGGUACGGUGCCGAGCCGAGCCGGGCCGGGCCUUUCCGAGGAGCCCCGCCCCGCCCCGCCGCGCCCCGCCGCGCCCGCCAGCCGAGCCGGCUUGCGGCUUGAGCCUGGUGGAGGCGCGGAGCGCGCGGAGCUCUGCCCUGCCGGCGCGGCGCGGACGCGGAUAGGAGCAGCAGCGUCGCGCGCACCGAGCGCAGCCCGGCGCGGCGCGGCGCGACGCAUCGCCCCGGCGGCGGCCGCCGCCACCGCCACCUCCUCCUCCACGACGACGAGCGCACCCGAACAGCCACUCGGCUCCCCCACCACCGCCGCCGCCACCGCCACCACCCGCCGCCCGCGCCGCCCGCCCGCUGCAACAGUUGCGUCACCGCCCCGAUGACGUCACGGGGGCCGCCACUGUGGAAGGGGUGAAGGCAAAAAUGGCGGAAUGCUCGCAAGCCCGGUGCAUGCAGGAGCGCAGGACAAUCAGAAAGGAGCUGCAGCGAUGGACAAAGGACAUGGUUUUCGUCGUAGGUUUGGAACGGGUCGCUGAGGAGUUGAUGGGAAGGCGGAAAUGGCGGCAACUGGGAACCAUCGGGACCUGGGACGACCUCGACACAGCCUGCCCUGCAGACGGCCCCGCGGACCCCAAAGGGUCGCCGCGGCCCAACGGGCCCCAAGACUUCGAGCCCCAACAAGAGUGCUGCUUCUGUGACGCCCCGCUGGUACCCAGCACACGCAUCGCCUCCGACAGCGAGGACGACAGCGGCAGCGUGGCGAGCGAGGGCGACGGCAGCGUAUGCCUCCCCGCCAACAUGACCACCCUGGAGGCCGUCACGUCCAUGGCGGCGUCCCUGGCGGCAGUGGCCGCCUUCAAGUCCUCGCAGGGCAGCAACUCGACGGCCACCUCCACCGCGAGCGCCAGCCCGCAGCCGCCGCAGGGCCUCUACCCGCUGGGCCACCACGGGCUCCUGCCGGCAUGGUACCUCUCCUCACCGCACGCUGCAGCGGUGGCGGCCGUGGCCGCGGCAGCGCAGCAGCAACACCAGCAGCAGGAGGCGAGGGGCGCGCCGCUCUGCACCUCCCUCGGCUCGGACACGCACAAGCUGAGCAGCUCGCCCGGCCCCAGCCGCAGCCCCGGUCCCAGCCCCGCGGGAGCGUCGACGCCCGGGUGCCCGCCGGCGGCGUCCUCGCCGGGCAUCCCCAGCGCGGCGAGCGGGGCCGCCGGCGUCAGCCCCUCCGACAUGCCCAUGCCUCUGGACCUGAGCGCCAAGGCCGCGGCGCUGGCUGCGCUCGCCAUGGAGCGGGAAGCGCUUAGGGAGUCCCUCAGGGUUCCCGACAGCAAAAACAUAUUCAAGGCGCGGCCGAGGCCCAACACAGCGCUUUCACAACGGCGCACCUACACGGAGGACGAGCUCCAGGCGGCGCUCCGCGACAUCCAGAGCGGCAAGCUGGGCACCAGGAGGGCGGCCGUCAUCUACGGCAUCCCCCGGUCAACGCUGCGCAACAAGGUCUACAAGCUGACCAUGGAGCGCAAGUGCGACCCCACCAGCCUCGUCAUGGUUGGCGCCGACCCCACCCGGCUGGCGCUCGGCGCGCUCGCGCUGCCGCCCGAGGACGACGACGGCGCCCUCUCCCCGGGCGACGACGACGACAAGACCCUCAAGUCGCCGCUCGACAGCGCCGCCGCCCUGGCGCCCGAGUCGCUCCGCCUGCUGCUGCAGCAGGGCAUGCGGAGGGUGGGCGGCAGCGCGGGCGAGGAGAGCGAGGAGGGCACCUCCCCGCCGCCCUCCGGCCUGCCCGGCUUCCCCAGCCCCGAGCAGUGGGGCAUGGUCGGGCUGGACUACCACGCGCUGGCGCCCUACAUCUCCAAGCUGCUCGGCGCACACCAGUCCCUCAUCGCCCGGGCGGGCGCCGGGCCCAGCCCCACCACGCCGGGCGGCAGCGGCAGCGAGAGCCCCGGCGCCGAGCCCCAAGACUUCCUCCCCAAGUUCGCGUCGCCGCUCCUCCCCGACUUCCUGUACCGCAUGAUGACCGAGGAGCGCGCCCAGGGCCAGUCCUUCCACAACGGCUCUGGGUCCAGCGAAGCCCGCGACGGCCGUGACGGCGACGACAAGCGCAGCACCGCGUCGCCGUCGCUCAAGUCGGAGGCGGACGACGACGGCCGACCGGGCUCCCCACCCAAUGUGAUUCUCAAGAUUCCGUCCUUCAAACCCACGUCCAAGAACGGCGGCGUGGACACCGUCACCCUGGCUGCUUUCGCGCGCUGCGGCAGCGAGUCUAGUCAGCACUCGGAGCACGGGACGUCACCCGCCGCGCCCGCGCCCGCCGUCAGCCCACCCACCACAGCCCAGAUCCUGGCCAACAAGGCGCUCGCCGCCAAGUUCCCCCACCUAAGGCUGGGCCCCACCUCGCCCGGAGGCAUCUUCGACCUGAAGCGAACGCACUACGGCAGCCAACACCACGCAAUGGCCGAGUCCGUCAUCAAGAGCAUGCAGCAGCAGCACCACCAAGCGAGCCGGCACUCGACGAGCACGACCUGCACCACCACCACGACCUCCCAGUCGGGUCAGCCCGCGGGCGGCAAGGGCACGCGGCCCAAGCGCGGCAAGUACCGUAACUACGAUCGGGACGCGCUCAACGAGGCCGUCAAGGCGGUGCAGCGAGGCGAGAUGAGCGUGCAUCGGGCGGGCUCCUUCUACGGCGUGCCGCACUCCACCCUCGAGUACAAAGUCAAGGAGCGUCACCUGAUGAGGCCGCGCAAGCGGGACCCCAAGCCGCAGCCGCCCGCCGACGACAAGAGCAAGACGGAGGCGGCCUCGGCCAACGCCAACGCGCUCAGGCUGUCGCCGGGCGAGAGACUGCCCGGCCUCUCCGGCAUGCCCGGCCUCAACCACGGCCUUGCUGGCCCCGGCACGAGCAAGACCAAGCCCUUCAUCCAGCCACCCUUGGCCGCACCGCUCGCCGCGCCCUUGGCUGCCCCCCAGAACGGGCUCAAGCCGAGGUUCGACUCGGCUGGCGCCAUCCCCUCGCUCACCGCGUAUCCCGGCAUCCCUCCCUUCCCCUUCUGGGGCGCGGGGUACACGCCGUUGCCCCUGGACUUCAGCGGCCAGGCACCCCCCUUCAACUCCAACACCAAGCAGUUCCUGGCGUCGCACAUGAUGCAGAGGCUACAAGACGUCCAGGACAGGAGCGCGCCCGGCCCCCCACCCCCUGGAGGACAGGGUGCCACCGUGGGACCUCCAGGACCGGGGCCGGGGCCAGGUCCAGCCUCCAGCCCGGACUUGCGAACGGCCGGGACGCCGUCCGGCACGCCCUCCGGUGCGGGGGCCCUUGGUCUAGAUUCGAGUCCUGGCAGGGCCGCGGCGCUGGCGCUCGGCCUAAAGAGAAGUCGGGACUCGGAGGAGACCAUGGACGACAGCUCCAACGACAACAACACCCUGCUGGACGGUAUCAUUCGAUACGGCCUGGAGAAGGGCCUCUCUAGGCCACCCAAGGAGGCCGUCGAGAAGAUGGCCAACAACGCUCUCCUGGACCAGCUCUGCCGAAGCCGCCUCGACGGGCGACUAGACAAUGACGGCAAGGGCCUGGACGCCUCUCGGUGGAGCCCUGUCCUCCGCCAACGCAACUCGAGCAGCUCGGAGGACGACGAGGAGAGGAGACCGCCCUUGUCGAUGCUCCACACCAACGUGGUGCACCUCUCACCCUCGUCCGACGGCUCCGUUGGCGAUCGGGACGAGAGAAGGUCCCGCUUCGAAGAGGAUGGCGACAAGAGCCGCGACAGCGACGAGCGGUUACCCAGACCUAACGCUGGGCCCAUCUUAUUCCAUACGAACCAUUCCCCGCCACGGCCCUCGCGGCCGGACUCUCGGCCUUCGGGCGUCAACGGAGUGGAGGCAUCGAGAAACGAGGAGGACUUGGUGAAAAGUGCCUGUGAUAGUAAACUUAGAGCAGCGAGUGGGGGCAUGCCUGAAGAGGACGGAGCCAAAGACUCGAACGAGGACCAAGUGCGUGAGGAUACCAAAACUCAAGACAUUUCCUAAGGAGACUGAUUGUUCGUAGAAAAUUUUAGGGAAACUAUGGAGAAUGCCUUUGUUGAACACUUCUUGAGUUGACUUUUUUUCUUUACUACUCAAAAAGUGGAAUCAGUGAAGUGGAUCAAGGUGCGCAUGUUAAAAGUCGCCUGACAGUACUGAUUAUUUUUUGUAAGUAUUUGUAUGAGUUUAGUCGUAUUUUUGUCCAUUGGAAGUUGUUCGCCUCUCUCUAAGAGGUAAAAAAUGUAAAAUCUUGUCACUGAAAUUUCCAAUUUAUUCACUUACGAAAAACGAACUAGUCUCUGUCACUUUCUACACGCUGCAUAUCAAUGUUCUACAAAAUCACUUAUUUUGAUCGUCUUUAUUCAACAAAUGUGAUUUAUUUCAAAGUUAUUAUGACUCAAAUUAUUAAUGAAUUCAGAAAUUUUCUAUUAAACGACCAUGACUUUUUCUUAGGAAUGAAAAAUUCAGAAAAAUAUCUAUUUAUAUUGAUUUUGGCUUAACGAAUCGUUCAUAUUUAUG